GGAGCCCAGUGUCCCGGCCCAGGUGCUUGGCGCCCCGCAGUGGCGGUCUGCAUGCGUGGCCUCUGCGGGCACCCGGGAAACCCUUAGGCGGAGAGGAGGAGCCAGGGACACCAAUCGGGUGGAGUCGGGAGCCGGGUGUGGUGGAGGCGGACUUCCUGGGCCCUGCUCUACCAUGGCGUUUGGGAAAAAUCAUCGGGAUCCCUAUGCGACCUCUGUGGGCCACCUAAUAGAAAAGGCUACAUUUGCUGGAGUUCAGACUGAAGAUUGGGGACAGUUCAUGCAUAUUUGUGACAUAAUUAAUACUGCUCACGAUGGGCCAAAAGAUGCAGUAAAAGCUUUGAAGAAAAGGAUUUUCAAAAAUUAUAAUCAUAAAGAAAUUCAACUUACAUUGUCACUUAUUGACAUGUGCAUGCAGAACUGCGGUCCAAGUUUCCAGUCUCUAAUUGUGAAGAAGGAAUUUGUUAAAGAUAGUCUAGCUAAACUGCUGAGUCCCAGAUACACCUUGCCAUUAGACAUUCAGAACAGAAUCUUAAAUUUAAUUAAGACCUGGUCACAAGGUUUCCCAGGAGGUGUGGAUGUAAGUGAAGUGAAGGAAGUAUACCUUGACCUGCUUAAGAAAGGUGUUCAGUUUCCCCUCUCAGAUACAGAGGCUAAAUCAACAAGGCAAGAGACUGCUCAGAUCUUAUCGAAUCCAACAACAUCUGUUCCUACUGCACCAGCUCUUUCUUCUAUAAUUGCUCCCAAGAACUUGACUAUUACAUUGGCCCCAGAACAGAUCGGAAAAUUGCAUAGUGAAUUGGAUAUGGUGAAAAUGAAUGUGAGAGUAAUGUUUGCUAUACUGAUGGAGAAUAUUCCUGGGUCUGAAAACCGUGAAGAUAUAGAGCUUCUGCAGAAACUUUAUAAGACAUGUCGAGAGAUGCAGGAGAGGAUCAUGGACCUGCUUGUCGUGGUGGAGAAUGAAGACUUAACUGUUGAACUAAUUCAAGUAAAUGAGAACUUGAAUAAUGCCAUUCUUGGCUAUGAAAGGUUUGUUCGAAAUCAGCAGAGAAUUUUGGAAGAAAAUAAGAACCAGAAUGGCAAUAUACAUACUACCAGUGAACCCUCUGCUCCAUCUUCUGAUCUCCUUGACCUAAGCCCCAGUCCUCCUCUGUCAAGUGCCACUCUGGGAGAAAUCAACGCAGUGAAUUCUCAUCUUUCAAACUUAAAUCUCAGCUCUCCAAGUCAUGUUGUAACAAACGACUUGAAACCCAGUAUUUAUCCACAGGAGGAUUUAUUAGCCUUGGAAAAUACAGAAGUGCCUCUGUUAACCAAAAGGAUCAGUGAAAACCUCACUUUGGGCCAUAUGUAUGAGAAUUGUCCAGAACAUUCAAAUUCAAUACUACUGCAGCCAGUUAAUCUACAGGAUAUUCCAGCAGCACCAUUAAGCCAGAGACUGCCACCCUUGCCCAGCAAUCAUCCAGCUAUGACAAAGAAUGAUCUCCAGGCACCCAAUUACUAUGAGGUAAUGGAGUUUGAUCCCUUAGCUCCUGCUGCCACUACCGAAACUAUUUAUGAAGAAAUUGAUGCUCAUCAUUUUAAAGGACCUCAAAGUCAUAAAGAAUGUUGAGGUAAAAACCAAAAUUUAACCAACUUACACUCUAUAUGAUGUUCAUGUGGAUGGUCAAUUCACAUUAGGGGAGCCAGCUCUAAAAGGUAGCUUGGUCCAGAAGAGAAGACCUAUGAUGAUGAAACAUUUCUCCUUCACAACAAUGAAGUUUAACAGAAGAGCAACAGUUUCAGUGACAUUUAUGCUUCCUGGCAACAGUUUAAGCUUUCCCUCUAAAGAACAUGACUAUAACAUAUAUUCACAAGUUAAACUCAUUGAUCUGAGACCAGAUUUAAUUGUAGCAUCUUAUGUUUCACAGUCUUCCUAUACUUACAGAUCAUCACACAACUAAAGAAUACAUUUUACUAAAAUAAUUCUGAAUUGAUAAGUAUGAAAUGUGAAAAAAUACUCAGGAAAAGCAUGAGUGCCUUCAUUUGACUAAAGUUGAAUGUAAAAGUCAAUUUGCACUUCUUUAUAAAUAUGAUCCUUAGUAAUACUAACUGUUCUGGUUUUUUUUUUUUCAUUUUAAAUGCAGCUUAUUUGGAAUAAAGAUUACUGAAAUUGUACAUUCAUUUACAGACAGAUACUAAUGACAUUAUUA